AUGUCAAUCAUAUUGGUUUACGAUAUUAUAAAAGCAAAAUCAUUACAAGGCAAUACAACCCUUGAUGCUUGUGCUAGAUCUUUAUUAUGGUCUGAUGACAUUUUACAACGUGUUGUUUUAGGAAAUCCAAAAAACAUCGUGUUUUCACUUUUACUUGGUCUUGGUGUUGAAAUCGGUUGUUUUGUUGCAGGAGUGUUUAUACAUAAUUGUAGAUAUAUUAUUGAUUCUUCAAUUGGCGUGGUUGAACCAGUUAAAGAUUUGUUUUCAUGUUUAUUUUUUGCCAGCAUAGGACUUCACAUUUAUCCCAGUUUUUUGAUUAAUGAAGCACCAUUAUUGCUUAUACUUACUGCGGGAGCUGUAGGAUUUAAAUUUAUUAAUAGUAGCCUUGCAUUAGCGAUAUUAGGUCAUCCAAUUCAACGUGCUUCAACAAUGGCAGUUGGUUUGGCUCAAAUUAGUGAAUUUGCAUUUGUGCUUGGAAGUCGUGCAAAAGGAUAUGGAAUCAUAUCGAGAGAAGCAUACUAUCUUCUAUUAACAACUACUUCUUUAACACUUGUGGUGACACCAAUAUUAUGGAAUAUAUUAUUCAAUAAAAAAAAAGAUUUUAAUAGUAGUAUUGGUGGUGGCAAUACAGGUGGGGUGAUACCAUUUUCAAUAAACAAUCCUGGAAAGGUUGAAUAA